CAGACAAAGCAUGCCAGCCACAAGGGUCUUACACUGCCUCCUAAGAUCCAUAUAUAAACCAGCACACUAGAGCACACAGAUAUAUAGCAGACUCAAGGGCGUAGUGAGGUUUUACUUCAGUGGACUUGGAGUCUUCAGCGUUAACAGGUUUUGGUUGGGUCUGAGGACACUUGUUGGAAAAAAACGUUUCUGAACUUGGCACCACACAACACGGCUUUUGGACAAAAUGGCACUGCGACAGAACUCCGACAAAGACCCGACUAUUGAACUCUUCAUAAAGGCUGGCCACGAUGGAGAGAACGUGGGCAACUGCCCAUUCUGCCAGAGGCUCUUCAUGGUCCUGUGGCUGAAAGGAGUCAAGUUCACCGUGACCACCGUCGACAUGAGGAAGAAGCCAGCAGAGCUGAAGGAUUUGGCACCAGGGACCAACCCUCCAUUCCUACUGUACAAUGGCACCCUCAAGACAGACUUUAUCAAGAUCGAGGAGUUUCUGGAGCAAACACUGGCCCCUCCCAGGUAUCCACACCUUAGCCCACGCAACAAAGAGUCCUUUGACGUGGGUGCGGACAUUUUCGCCAAGUUCUCCGCUUUCAUCAAGAACAACCCAGCCAACACUACUUUCCAAGAGAAGGCGCUGCUGCGGGAGUUCAAGCGGCUGGAUCACUACCUGAACUCCCCCGUCCCUGAAGAGAUUGACCACAACUCCAGAGAAAACAUCGCCCUCUCCAAGAGAAAGUUCCUGGAUGGCAACCAUCUCACCCUGGCAGAUUGCAACCUGCUGCCCAAGCUGCAUGUCAUCAAGAUUGCUGCCAAGAAGUACUGUGACUUUGACAUCCCGGUCCAGUUCACCGGAGUAUGGAGGUACCUGAACAAUGCCUACGAGAGGGAGGAGUUCAGUCAGACCUGCCCUGCCAACAUCGAGAUCGAGAAGGCUUACCUGGACGUGACCAAUAAGAGGCUGUAAACCUAUAACCAACCUUUAACCAACCAUUACACAACAUGUCCUCUUUUACUAUUACCUUACAUGGAAAUGGUAACUCAUUCACCCCAAAAAAUAUAACAAAUUUUUUGGGGAGGCCACAGCAAUCAUUAUCAAAGUAUCUCAAAUCAAUCCUGCAUCAGGAUGCCUUUGAAAUCGAUAGGCAUUCUAGGAAUCAAAUUAGUACAGAAGUUCACACCCACACACAAAGUGCAUUAUGUUAAAAAGUGCAUUAUUUACAAAAUUAACUGCAAUGCCUUGUGUUUUACAGACAAUUUACUAAUAGGAUGCUACAGUAACUAAGGUUUAUGUAUGAUGUUAAUUUCAAGUAAUUAUACUGCCAAUUCCCAUUAUAUACCACACUAAAUAGGCCAAGUGUGCAAUUUGACUGUUUAUCAAAUUAAGUGUUUCUUUGUCCAUAGUGUAAAUAUGUAUAUUUUUUUCACAUGUUGUUUAUGACCUGAACACCCAUAAUAUUAGAAUGUAUAAGACUAUAAGAGUGUAUUCUAAUUCUGUUUAUGUGUGAUUGAAUGGAGUGAAAUAAAAUAUAUUUUAACAGUUGCUCAUGAUUACCAUAAAGAAUAGUCAAUUAUCAUGUAAAUAAGUUAAGGUCAAAUGUUUUACCAUAAUACAUUACACCUGCCCGAUUCUAGUUUUUUCAAACUAUGAUGUGAACUAAAAUAAAAUCUAUUUCAUGAGUCUGA